GCCCCCGGCGGCCCUUCCCUGGCGCCGGGCUUGCCCGGAGCGCCCUCCGCCUCUCUCGGCCCUCCUCCCCCUGCUCCUCCUCCAGCCGCUCGCCGGCUCCAGCCGCUUUCGGCGGCCUCCUCCUCCUCCUCCUUCCCUCCUCGGCUCGGCUGCUGACUCAGCCACAGGGAAAACUCAAAGGGCAGUUCGCCUGCCUGCCUGCCUCCCGCCGCUCUCGGCAGGACGCGCGGGCGAGAGCGGCCUUUGACGCGCCCCACUCCGCCGCCAUGGGCCCCUGGCCGGGAGCGGGCGCGUGAAGCGGGCGCCCGGGAGACAUUUCUCGCGCUCUCCGCCGCCGACCUCAAAGUUGCUCCCCGGACUUCGCCGCCUCGCUCCGCGGGAAGGGGCGCAAGGCAGCAUGACAGCCAUCGCAGUGCAGGCCCAGUGGUUACUCACUCGUAGAAGACGGACAAGAUCGUUUUUUGAGAUGUUCAUCAGGAGCCUGCUUAUCCUCUGCGUUGCAAUAGCCAUUGUCCUGUCCUCCAUUGCUGUGUGCGAUGGGCACUGGCUUUUUGCCAAGGGAAAGCUCUUUGGACUGUGGCACUUCUGCACAGUCGGGAACAAUAGUGCCCUGAAAUGUGCCACUGAUCUCACGUUGGCCAACGUUCGAGGGAUCAACGCGGGAAUGACUUUUGCAAGAAGUCUGGUGUCUUUUGCUGUUGUCGUCGCAAUCUUUGGCCUGGAACUUCUCAUGGUCUCCCAAGUCUGUGAAGACGUCAACUCCAGGAGGAAGUGGUCGAUGGGAUCGAUCCUCGUUCUUCUCUCGUUCCUGCUCUCAUUCACUGGAGUUUUGAGCUUCUUAUUCCUUCUGAGGGACCACAUCACUCUCACGGGUUUCACACUAACCUAUUGGUGUGAAUUCAUUUCUGCCUUCCUUUUCUUCCUGAAUGGAAUCAGUGGACUUCAUCUUAACAACAUCACAUUUCCGUGGAAUAGAAUGAGAAAAAAUUGAAAGAAUGGUAGAUAUUAGCUUCACCAGAUACACAGAAAAGUAAACUGAGGCCUUUCAAAAGGAGACCAAGUUUUUUUAGUGUACAUUAAGAGAAAAUAUAUGAAAUGGAUAUCUCCAAGAUCACUUGAUAAUGGAUGCUGGAUACUGGAAGUUGGCUAUUAUGACCUGCUUAGAUUUUGAAUGAUGUAACUCUCCACAGAAAUAGAAGAGCAAAAGACUGGUUUCCUUUGUUUAAAGCUCAUUCAUUUAAAGGUGGCCCAGUAAAAGCAAAACAAACUUGA